CUGGAAUCAACAAAGCUGAGGCGUUUCUGCUAUAAUCUGGCACUUACAAAACCCGAUUUCAGAACGAACGAUGGAAUUGAAAUUUUCCUUGAGUAAUAUUGUGGCUCUUAUACUUCUCAUUACUGUUAUGGUAAUGGAGUUCCAUAUCAGUUCCCAGCAGCACUUCUUCUCGAGCGAUUAUUAUCCAAUAGAAAACUCCGACGGCUACGCGCUGAUAAAUUCCGUUUACAAGUCCUUCAGCACCGCAAGCUUCGCUACAUGUCUGCUGGCCUGUGAAACAGACAUGACUUGUAUGAGCCUAAACUUUCUCAUGUCAACCAGUACAUGUGAUCUGAACACACAGACCAAGGAAUCUACACCAGGAUAUUUUAUACAGAGACAUAACAGCAUCUAUUCUAUCAACCCUUCUGGAAGAACAAUAUUAAGGAAAGGAACAAAAGGCAAGCCUGCCAAGUCUUGUCUAGAUGUAUUGAACAGCGGCGCUUCAGCUGGGACAGGCGAGUACUGGUUAGACCCAGCCAGCACAGGGAGCCCAAUACAAGCUUACUGUGACAUGACAACAAAUGGGGGUGGAUGGACUGUGGUCACGAAGUUAGUUCAGCCAAGCAACACUAAAUUGCCUUUGCACCAGCCAUCAACCUAUGAGGUCAUUAAAGAAUACAACAGAACAGACGUGAACGUCAUGCCUAUGGGAACCGCCAUGUUGGAUAUCAAGAACAAGAUGGGAUUCAACCAGAUUCAUUUCUAUUGUCGCAAGGUAUCUGUCGGUAGAGUAGUGAGCAUCAUGACCAGAAACAACACAGCUGGCCAAGCUGUAGUAAGUUUCUUUACCAACCCAGAUGUAGCCUCAGUACGCCCUGCUGCUUGUGGUUCGUUUGAUAUACUGCCUGACGACACGUCAAUCCUUAGCGGAAAAUGCAGUGAAUGGGGUGAUACUCCGGCCAAUGAGUGGGGAGCAUCAUGCUGUAUGGGUUCCAUGAGACUACCUGCUAUGGCUUGUCACACAAGUCGAUCACACGGUUUCGAAUUUGUCGUUUAUUAUUCGUGCGACAAUAAAGUUCCGGAUGGCUCUAGUAAUGCAGUGCCACCCGAUGUGAAUGACACGUGGCGAAUAUCUGUGCGCUGAUUAUAACACUCGAUCGAUCAACACUACUGUCACUAAUAUAUCAUUUUAAAUCUCAGUCAAAUAUCACUAUUAUUGUUUUUGGUAUAGUUUUUGAUUCGGAAAAGAUGAAACAUGAAAUGUGCUUUGCAAUAUCAAAUUUACCCCCAUACCACAGGUAGCCCAAGCUUGGUUUCUGUG